GGCUCUCGGAGCGCAGCUUGGCCAGCCUAACCGCGCCCGGAGGCCAUGGCGGGCACCUUGGACCUGGACAAGGGCUGCACGGUGGAGGAGCUGCUCCGUGGUUGCAUUGAAGCCUUCGAUGACUCCGGGAAGGUGCGGGACCCGCAGCUGGUGCGCAUGUUCCUCAUGAUGCACCCCUGGUACAUCCCUUCCUCUCAGCUGGCGGCAAAACUGCUGCACAUCUACCAACAAUCCCGGAAGGACAACUCCAGUUCGCUUCAGGUGAAAACAUGCCAUCUGGUCAGGUACUGGAUCUCAGCAUUCCCAGCGGAGUUUGAUUUGAAUCCUGAGCUCGCUGAACAGAUCAAGGAGCUGAAGGCUCUGCUAGACCAAGAAGGGAACCGCCGGCACAGCAGCCUCAUCGACAUCGAGAGCGUCCCCACCUACAAGUGGAAUCGGCAGGUGACCCAGAGGAACCCUGUGGAACAGAAAAAGCGCAAGAUGUCCCUGUUGUUUGACCACCUGGACCCCAUGGAGCUGGCAGCACAUCUCACCUACUUGGAAUAUCGCUCCUUUGGCAAGAUCCUGUUCCAGGACUAUCACAGUUUCGUGACUCAUGGCUGCACCGUGGACAAUCCCGUCCUGGAGCGAUUCAUCUCCCUCUUCAACAGUGUCUCGCAGUGGGUGCAACUCAUGAUUCUCAGCAAGCCCACAGCCCUGCAGCGGGCCCUGGUCAUCACACACUUCGUCCACGUUGCCGAGAAACUCCUGGAGCUGCAGAAUUUCAACACGCUGAUGGCGGUGGUCGGGGGCCUGAGCCACAGCUCCAUCUCCCGCCUCAAGGAGACCCACAGCCACGUGAGCCCGGAGACCAUCAAGCUCUGGGAAGGUCUGACAGAACUAGUGACGGCCACUGGUAACUAUGGCAACUACCGGCGCCGACUGGCAGCCUGCGUGGGCUUCCGCUUCCCCAUCUUGGGUGUGCACCUCAAGGACCUGGUGGCCCUGCAGCUGGCACUGCCUGACUGGCUGGACCCCACCCGGACCCGACUUAAUGGGGCCAAGAUGAAGCAGCUCUUCAGCAUCCUGGAGGAGCUGGCCAUGGUGAACAGCCUUCAGCCCCCAGUGCAAGCCAACCCCGACCUGCUAAGCCUGCUGACGGUGUCUCUGGAUCAGUAUCAGACAGAGGAUGAGCUCUACCAGCUGUCCCUGCAGCGGGAACCGCGCUCCAAGUCCUCGCCAACCAGCCCCACCAGCUGCACGCCGCCUCCCCGGCCCCUGGUGCUGGAGGAGUGGACCUCAGCGGCCAAACCCAAGCUGGACCAGGCACUCUUGGUGGAGCACAUUGAGAAGAUGGUGGAGUCUGUGUUCCGGAACUUCGAUGUCGAUGGGGACGGCCACAUCUCACAGGAGGAGUUCCAGAUCAUCCGUGGGAACUUUCCUUACCUCAGCGCCUUUGGGGACCUCGACCAGAACCAGGAUGGCUGCAUCAGCAAGGAGGAGAUGGUCUCCUACUUUCUGCGCUCCAGCUCUGUGCUGGGUGGCCGCAUGGGCUUCGUACACAACUUCCACGAGAGCAACUCCUUGCGCCCGGUCGCCUGCCGCCACUGCAAGGCCUUGAUCCUGGGCAUCUACAAGCAGGGCCUCAAAUGCCGAGCCUGUGGUGUUAACUGCCACAAGCAGUGCAAGGAUCGCCUGUCGGUUGAGUGCCGGCGCCGGGCCCAGAGUGUGAGUCUGGAGGGGUCCGCACCCUCACCCUCACCCACACAUACCCACCACCGCGCCUUCAGCUUCUCCCUGCCCCGCCCUGGCAGGCGAGGCUCCCGGCCUCCAGAGAUCCGAGAGGAGGAGGUUCAGACAGUGGAGGACGGCGUGUUUGACAUCCACUUGUAAUUGACGCUCUGACUGGAUCAAGCACUCAUGCCUGCUUUGGAGAAAAGACUUGGACCAGAGCAGGGAGCCUGGGGUGCUGCGGCAGCAGGCCGGGGCUGGGGGGCGGGGUGUGAGGGUAGCAUGCGGCUGAGGGCAGGGCCAGGGCUGGUGUCCCUAAGGUUGUACAGAUUCUUGUGAAUAUUUGUAUUUUCCAGAUGGAAUAAAGGCCCAAGUA